AUGUCGCUAUUAGAAACGGUUCAUCUUUCUCAUGUACCUGAGAAUAUCCCAGUUCAUGUCGCGCUUUACAAAUACCUAAAGAAUGCCAGCUUCCUGCGGGAGCAACUUUUAACCGGAAACGCAGAAUUUCAAUAUGCUUUCAUUGAUGCAAGCACGAUUAUAUCGAGACAACACAUCCUUGCGGCGGUGUUUAGAGCUAUAAAUGAUUACUUGAAUAACCGAUUAAGGUCACACAAUGUCCAUUCGGAAAUAGUCGUGUCUCUCGGCCCUAGCAAUAAUAUUGCAGAUGCAUUCCGCAGAUUUGGUAUCACCGACUCUACCAAAGACCUACUCGUCGUCAAGCUAUCUGUGUCCCCGGAAAUCACACACAAAUCUGUCGCAAAACACUUGGAAAGCUCUGUGGAGGCGACUCCCGUUCCCUUCAAUGAUGAGACUAUAUCUUCAAUGUCAGACCUUGCGAAAAUUCGGAAAUUAUACAAACUCAAUCAGCCGGUCUCCAAAUCGGCGGAUGGUCAGGACAAUCCUGUCAAAGCUUUGGAGCCUCUUAUCCUUGGAGCAAUAGCUAUUCGCGGGGCGACAUAA